AUGGAGGGACGUUAUGUGGUUGUUCAUAUUCCUGGAGAUCAGAAGAUUCUUAGUCUUUGUGAAGUUGAAGUCUACGGGUAUUUGGCAGGAAAUCGGGCAGUAGAUGGAGCUGCUACACAGUCGUCAACAUCUUCUGGGAGUUGGUCUGCAGAAAAGGCCAUUGACAGUAAUCGAGGUCUCCAGCAGUUGUACACGGGAUGCUCCUCAACCCUUAAUGAGACUAACCCAUGGUGGAGGCUGGAUCUGCGUGAUAUUUACAGAGUUAGUGAAGUGGUCGUCACUAACAGAAAUGACUGCUGUCCAGAACGAAUAAACGGAGCGGAGAUUCGCAUCGGAAACUCUUUGGAGAACAACGGCAACAACAAUCCCAUAUGUGCUGUUAUUCCUGCUAUUCCAGCAGGCGAGUCCUACAACUACUCAUGUGAUGGGAUGGAGGGACGUUAUGUGAAUCUGAUCAUUCCUGGAGACAUGAAGAUACUCACUCUCUGUGAGGUGGAGGUUUACGGAGAAGUUCCCUGCUUAAAAAGAUCAUUUGCAAAGAUGCAGUUUAACUCCAGAGCUGAUUUGACUGACGCUUCAAUGAGAGAAAAUGUUCUGAAACAGUUUGGAUCUGCACUUGCUGAUAGAGGACUCACAGAUGUGACACUGAGAUGGUCUCAAACUCCUAAACAGGUGAUCCAGAAAGUGAACGCUGCUAAACGUGAGUCUGUUCUCACAACUUCUGCUAAUGCCACGACCACUUUCUCAUGCGGCGGGAUGGAGGGACGUUAUGUGGUUGUUCAUAUUCCUGGAGAUGAGAAGAUUCUUAGUCUUUGUGAAGUUGAAGUCUACGGGUAUUUGGCAGGUAAUUCAUUGGAGUAG